AUGGCUCUUUGGAAGUAUAUGCCCAUGGGGUGCACCAGAGAGGUCACAUAUCUCGCCGCAUAUUUCCCCUCCACAGCGGAAACCAUCAAAGACAUCCGCCCGGGCACGAUUCCGUAUAUUGCGACUGAUGACCUCAUUGUUUACAAGAUGUUCUCCUGCGGCCUCCGGGGCGACGCGGCUAAGAGCCGUCGUGAUGCCACCGAUGCGGCUCGACUCUUGGAAGUUCAAACACAAGCCUCCGGUCCCUUGCGCCUAGCAAAACACCAAAUCGAUGCCGCCCUUCCAGGACUUCCAGAUGUGGUGCAGCACAGCAACAGAGACGAGGGCUGGUGGAAGAGCAGGCUCGGUCAGGUGCAAGCCUCCGUGAGUCCCUCCUCAAGCUCAAGCAGGGGCUCGAAGACAGGCUCCUCGGGAGGUGCUCGUGGUGGAAGCUCACAGUACAAGUACCACUAG